AUGGAUUCGUUGAAGAUAUUGUAAGUAUAUAAAGACACUCUGUGGCUAUUGAUAAUUUUCGCUGGAAAAUACAACAAUUGGAAAAAGUUUUGUAAAGCUAAUAGAAAAUUUUAUUCUUGCGACCGAAAAUUGGAAAUAAAAGGUACCUCUUGUAAAAGGAAGGAAGUGACAAAAUAAUUUAUACUUCUUAAUAGUAACAUGAUGAAAGAGAUAUUCCUGAGGAAAGAAUAUUCCCAUUUCACCCUUUAGAGACCUUCGAGAUAAUCACUUAUACGAGCUCAAUAAUGACAUGUUCAGUGAUCUUGAAGAACUCCGAGAAUUGUGAGUAAAAUGCUUGUUUCAUUUUUUGAAAUGUUUUUUUCACCGUACUUACCUUUGAUUUAAAAGAUGUAAUCGUGAUAACUAGCAGUAGUAGAAGUAUUUAACUUAUAUCUACGAUAUAGAACCAAGAAAAAUUCGAAACAAUAUUUGAAAUGUUUUAUUUGUGUUACAUUUCAAUAAUGGCAGGUACCUGCAGCAAAACAAAAUUGAAGAGCUACCUGAGGGCGUUUUUGAUUCGCUUUCCAAUUUACAAAUCCUGUAAGUAUCUCUACUGCCUACUCUUUCUUAAACUUAUCAAAAUCGUCAAUUACUUAUAAGGUUUGAAAGGGGCUGUAUGUGUUUAAAGGUAUCAUCAUGCGCUUAAACGAAACCUUGUGAACUGGAAAUUGAAGAGAUAAAAGAAAUUGAAAUUGCUUUACUUCAAACUCAAACUUCUGUUCUGAUAAUCUAGGCCAUAACCACUUAACUCCUUAAAGCGCUUCUCUAUAUAGUUUAUUAAUAAUGGUAAUAGGACUGAAUGAAUUGGACGAAACGAAGUCCUGUUACCAAUCAAUCAUAACCAUUGCAAUUUCCGAAAAAAGAUACAUUUAUUUAAAUUUUAGAAAAUAUCUCCAGUUAAUACAUUCAAAUGUAUAGAAGUUCUAUAGUAUUAAAUUCCUCCACUUUUUUGAAAAUUACUCAGUUUUGUAAGGUAAGUGGUUAUUGCUAUGGUUAUUGUAAUUGGUCUUAUGAUUGGUGGAUGUAGCUAAGUGAACGUCGUAUGUUUGGCUGCUUCAACCAACUGUCCGAGUACUACUCUUCAGAAUAAUUAGAGAAAACAAAGCAGCUGAUGCACCAAUCACAUAAGAGGAAAUUGUAAUGGUUAUGAUCGAUAGAAUAAUAUUUUGUUUUCAACGUAAUGCGAGUUUGUAUCCAUUUCUUUUUUUCUCUGUAAUAGUGCAUAUCUUCUUUUUCAGGAAUAUGGGACUCAACAGGAUUAAAAAGCUUCCAAGAAGAAUAUUUGCAAACUUGAUGACCCUACAGCAACUGUAAGAACAGCGAAAUAAUCUUUCGUUUUGAUUGAAGAAUAUUUUAGAGCCGGGACACAAAUUUUUUUUACUUUGGCUUAAUUUCAUACGGCAAUUGCGACGCUACCUACAAAAGUAUAUAGUGACAGACCAACUCCCCUUCCACUUACUUAAGAGGCUUCCACUGGUUUUCACACGCACGUUUUCUUCACACUGGCUUGCAGUUCUUAAAUACUUUCUUAAGCCUUGUAUCCACGUGGGUAAAUUUUAUUUUUCUUCUGAGUGUCAGUCAUUCACAAAGUUGCCACACCAAUAGCCAGAAGCCAAUUAAUGAGGAGAUUUAGCACUUCGUUUACGAACGGGGGGCUAAUUUCUAAUUUGCUUUAUAGACCUGUAAAAGGGUGGGAGGGAGGGUCAUCAUGAGACCGAGUGUAUUUACUAUCAUAUUUUUUUUAAUUGUUACUUGUUGUACUUGAAGGUCGUAACUAAUAUAUAUAAUAAAUUACCAUUCCUCAGGGACCUUGCUCGUAACUCCAUCAGAGAAUUAUCAAAUGAGUCCCUAUUUAACUUGACUUCACUUGUGCGAAUGUAAGUUGGAAAUGUUUUUUAGUGCAUUUGUUUUGAAGUUCUUGGGCAGCCAGAUGAACUUGCUGUGUUGAUUCUGAUAAAACUAGCAGAUAACUUUGAUAUGUAUUUUGCUGGUGUAAGAAAAAUUUAAAAUAGGCGUGGAAAGCGCGCAGAUUGUGAGGAUUUAUAGCUAAAUGGAGUGUGAUGACUGCAUUUGGCUUAUUCUGUGAUUCAUUUAUCAAGCGUUUUACCUCUGGUCUCUUUCAGUGAUUUCAAUUGGAAUCAGAUAAAGGAUCUUCCAGAUGGCAUAUUUGACAACCUUAAGUGUCUGAGUUAUAUGUGAGUUUAUCAGCGACUUUGAAUAUUUUAGCGCCACUUUGUUGCAUUGUUAAACAGCACGCUUUGGACGGGCCUUAGCCCUCUCCCUCCUCAAAAUUGAAUGAAUAUAUGAGACAGCCUAAUAGCUAGUUUGCUGGACUCCAGGGCAGGAGGUCUGGGAUCGAGACAUGGCCAGAUUAAUUUGUUGCGUUCAUGGGCAAAACAUUUGACUCUAACGGUGCCUAUCCCCACCCAGUAGUAUAAAUGGGUACUUGUUAAUUGUCAGGGAAGCCUGAUGAAAUGCUGGAGGUAACCAUGCGAUGGACUAAUAUCCCAACUAGGGGGAGGAGUGAUACUCUUAUCGCUUCAUGCUAAGGAAACCAGAGUAAGUUCAGAUGAGUGGGCCACUCGGCUCGACUGCUCUAUGGUCAUGGGUUCAAAUCCCGUACGGGCCUGAAUUUUUUUCAGGUCCUAUUUUCAAAUACUCGUCUCAGUAGUGCUCUUAGCUGCGAGGAUCUCUUAAUUUAAUCUCUUCACUACAGUGCAAAUAUAUGAAUUUCAUAUAUCUAAAAUCAUCAUGCUCUAUUGUAUUUGAGCAUCUCACCAUGAUAAUAAACAUUUUUCUUUCUUCCUUCUUGUUUCUUACAUGAGAGUAAAACUCUGUGUGAGCCAUUUGGGGUUGCUUUGAUUCCUUUUCAGAAAUAUGCAUAGCAACACGCUGUCCAUCUUGCGACCAGAAGUUUUUAGAAAUCUAAAUCGACUGAGAACAUUGUAAGUUCCGAGAUCUGAUGCUCCUUUGUCCUUUAUUUUGCACAAGAGUACUCAGUUAGAAUAAGUGAGGAGCUGUUUGGUACAUAACUUGUUUACAUAUCAAAUAGUAAUGUAAGAUUUUCAAAGGAUGUCUCCAAACAUGAACAAUUUGUUGAAAUGGAAAAAAAUUAUUCGUGGGUUUUAAGUAGAAACCAAUUUAUUUACAUCCGUGUAAUUCACAUGCUUAUAAUCCCUCUCGUGCACUCGAAUUUGUAACAUUACUGGAUGAUAUGAAAAAUACCUCAAGGGAAAGGUUACUUUUAUACAUUUUUCUGUUUUUUGCCCUCUAGUUCGACUUCUUUUGCAUAGAAUCAGAAAUGGUGCAUAGAACAAGUGCUCUUUCCCUAAAUUGAAUAUUGAAAAUCUUUCAGGGAUCUGUCGUAUAACAAGAUCAAGGAAUUACCAGUUGAAAUAUUUCAUGGAACAGUUUUGCUAUCACACUUGUAAGUCUGUAUACCACAUUCGAUGGAUUUGGUUCAAUUAAGUGUCAAAAUUAAAUUGGGAUUGCUUUGUUUUUACUUUAUUUCUCUCUCUCCUAUUGGUACAGAAAACUUGCGCCACUCUCUAAACCAAUUAGAUACAAUACUACAACCAAUUACAACUUAGUUGCCCGCGUUUUAAACAGUUUGGUUGGUUUUACCUUCAACUGAGUUCUCAUUGGCUGUUAAAGUUACUCUCCUUCCUUCUAAAUGGCCGUUGUGUUGACUUUGGUUUUGAAUUUACGUCACUCAUUGAAAAGCGCUCUAACAAUUUCUGUCAGUAAUGCGUUUUCUCAUCCAAUUGCACUAGAAGUAAUUGGCUGAAGUAGGUAAUAGAGUUCAGUUCAUGAGUAUUGCUUUGUUUCGUUUUCCUCUUAAGACAGUUUAGAAUUUUACGGCGUAGAUGGAUUUUUCAUAGCAUAUUUAAGAGGGCUAUCCUUAAUAUUUUUUUCUCAUAGGGAACUGAGUGGAAACUCGAUACAAACUUUACAGGAAAACAUUUUUGAGGAGGUGGCUAACCUGCAAACAUUGUGAGUGGUUUUUUUUGCAACGAAAAUUAAAAUGAUCUCAAUAUCCAAUUUGUUUUUCAACAUUAUAUAUAAAAACUUUGCAAUAUCAAAUAAUAAUAAUAAUAAUAAUAAUAAUAUUGGAAAUAACAAUAAUAAUGAUAAUAAUAACAAUAAUGAGAAAGCAAAAUUGAAUAAAAUAACGGUAAUCAUGAAAAGUUUGCAAGAAAUUGUAAAAAUAAUUAAAGGAUGUAGCCAAGUUUCUAGCUGCUUGUAUUCAUCGUUACAUUUGUAUACAUUUAUUUGGUCCAAUAUCUUUCUAAUUAAUAUAUUAGGAAAAAAACAAAAGCCAAAAAAAAAAAGUUAAUAAAAACCAAGCGCAAUAAAAAAAUUGUUGGGGUACAAAAAACGUAACUAAGCCGAGUUUGAACUUAGGACUCCGUAAGUAAUUGUGCGACAGAAUAUUUAUUUAUCAUAAAUAUCACUUUUUUACCUGCUAGAAGGCUUCAAAGCAAUAAAAUUGCGCACAUCUCGAGGGACAGCUUUAAGAAUCUUAAAAGAUUGAGAAAUUUGUAAGUAUGAUUCUUGAUAUGGUUAUCAACAUGAAGAGCCGGUCGGGUAAGGCGACAAAACCAGCUCUUAACUGGUAAAUUCUGUUUAUUUUUCUUGAGACGUUACAAAUAGUCAACUGAUGCCUUCAUUCUGAGCUGCAAAGAACUAGAUACUGAGCUUGGCGAUACGCAACAAGCUGGGCCUGCUCUCUCCUGGUUUCAGAUAUUUCCAAGUUAUGAAAAUAGAUGCGUCUGCCACAAGCCAUCAGUUAAAAUGAUCUCCAACUAGAGAAGCUCUUGAUUGCUGACCAACUCUCCUUUAGCACCUUAGAUGGUAUAUAGAGAACAACUUGGAGAAUUUACCUACUGAUUUUAUAGUAUAUAGGGUUAUAUAGCGCUAAGUAGAUGACAUUGUAUUUGUAUUUUUAGGCAUUUGUCAAAUAACAACAUCUCUUUUAUUCCGGAUGGCCUUCUUCGAAAUUGCCCUAAGCUCAAGACAUUGUGAGUGCACAAAGAGUUCUUUUAUGAAGGGAAUUUCAUCAAAACAUUCCUUUGUUUAUUGUAUUAUCAUUACGAAAAUACUAAGACAGGUGCAUGGAAUUGUAUCGUAUGGCUUACCAUACUUCGUCAAAAAUAAAUCCAUAGAAAUUUGAGCGGUUUGAUGGAGACCUUGCUCACGCCGUAUGGUAAAAGGUGUUUAACCUUGCUACCUUUAUCUUUUUUCUUAAAUUGAUGUUCAUUACUAAAUGUUGUCCUGUUUGAUUUCAUCUCAAAAAAUAGAGAGUUGGGCGACAACUACUUGACGGCCAUUCCAGACCCAAUCUCAAGUAACCUUUCGUCAAUACUGAUCUUGUGAGUAAACUGAGUUCCCCCUUCCCACUACCCUAAGCUUGUUGUCUGAAAAAGCGAUCGAUUUACAUUUCAUUUAACUGUGAAUAUUUGUUUCAUUUGGCAACUUCAACAAAUAAACGCUUAGAUACUCGUGCUUCUACCAUUAAAUUUAAGCUUUGUAACCUUUUUAAGGCGAUGACGUAGUUUCAAUAGGCGUGAAUGCUUUUCCCAGUAAAGUCUUUCUCUCCAUUGUUUCUUGAAAAUUCUCCAUUUUUCUUCAUGUUUUUAUUUAAGGCAAUCCUUGGGCUUACUGCUCUUAUACUUAAAAUUCAUGUCCUCAUGUACAUUAGAUAUACUAACUAAUCCAUUUCAUUUGAUUAGUGAGGAAUUGAAGUAAUGAAUAUUCUUGUUUAUUGAGUGUUUAUUCACGGAGAUCUGUUGUUGGCAGAGCACUGGAAAACAAUCAAUUUACAGCCAUUCCUGAAAACAUUGGGGCAAUGAAGAACCUACUGCAAUUGUGAGUUACUGUCGAUUAUGCUUUCCCUUCAUAAAGUACGUAAAAGUGAACUUGAACGAGAACUUGAAGUGAUAGAGGUCGUGAUGAAUAUCCUCAAAGUUGUUUCCGUGAUGUUAGCGGUGAAAGUGAUCCUGAUUUCGAUUCCGAUCUUUGAGUCGUGAAGGUGAUCUGAUCGUCACUGCAGUGGUCCUCGGCGAACGACUGCCAAGUUCAGCCUCAAAGAAUUCAUUGUUGACUUCUUUAUCUGAGCCUCCCGAGUUUAUUGUUAAGAUAGCAGUCUAAAUUAUGUAAAGGUAGAGCUCAGUAAUGCUAUGAAAGGAAGAGGAUUGGUUGGGAAAAGUAAGACAGAAAUUCUAAAAUUUUGCAAAACAGUAUCUCUUAUUGUGUUACUGUAAAUUUUUUUAGUAAAUAUGAAUAUAAAAUAUAAUUUUAUGAAAUCAUACGAUGUUUGAAAUCAUUCUUUAGAGACAUGUCAAGAAACAAGAUCGACCAAAUUCCUGAGAGAUUGUUAGGCAAUCUCAAUAGACUCAAACUACUGUGAGUAUUAGUAUGCAACAGCUUUGUUUACAGGUCAUGAUUUCAUCGAGUCUAAAGCAAAUUUCAUUUGCCCUUAUUGCAAAUUUCUGUAAAAAGAAAAGGUUGAGAUGAAAAAUGAAGGUCACAAACAACCGUCUUGCAGAUGGUGGAGAAGUUAUUCAACUCAUACUUAAUUUUAACUCAAUCAGUUUUGUCUAGUGUCGAAGUGGUUUCCUUAGACUCAACCAUGAAACAAAUCGAGUCGACAAUGUUUUCCUACAAUUAUUUAACGGCCUUGCAAUUUCCUCAUGUUUUGUUACAGUGGCAAAAUUGUUCACUUUUUGCCUUACACUAUGUUACAGGUCAUUGCCACAAAAUAAUAUCAGUUCCAUAUCAAGUCAGACUUUCUCCAAUCUCACCGAUCUCCAGUAUUUGUAAGUUAAAUAUUAUGAUUAUCACUUUUUUUUAAUUUCAAAUCUGGAAUGACUUCAAUUCCUAAAGAUCACGUUGAUGUUUUCAACUUUCAGAUUAUUGAAUGAUAAUCGCCUUACCCACAUUCCAAAUCGAGCCUUUAAAAGUUUACAGAAGCUUAAAGUCUUGUAAGUUUAAGACAUCAUUACUAUUUUCAAUACAUCUUGUAUUUCUCGAUUUUUCAUUAUUUAACGUGUGUACUUUCUCCAGAAUGCUUUCAGAAAACAAAAUAGAGCUCAUUGGAUCUAAGGCUUUCGUUUUAAGCAAUUCAAGUAUGAGAAUGUAAGUUUUGACAAAUUUCUUAUUUCAUAUCUAUCCAUCCACCAAUAUACAUCAUCUGUCCUUACAUUCAUUCACCUAUCCCUCCAUAUUUCCUUGCAUUUUCCUAUAUAUCCUUCCCUCCAUCUAUCCGUCAGCCCGUCUGUCUGUUAAUCCAGACCAUUGAUUGAUUUAUUUAUUUAUUUUACCAUCAAUUCUCUUUUCCACCCAUCCUUCAAUUUAUCUCUUACCUUAUAAUUUCAGGUGGCCUUUUCUCAAACAUUGAAGUGAUCUUAGGACAUUCUGGUUUUGUUCCAGCUUACUAUAAAUCAAAAUUUUAUUUACAUCAUUACAAUUUAAUGUUUUAGAAACAAAUUUUUUCAAUCUCUUUUUUAGAUAUCUGAUUCGCACAGCAAUGAAAGCAGUACAUCUAGAGUCAUUUGAGGGCAUCGAGGGCCUUUCCACCAAAAUGCAAGUAUUAAAAACAAUCCUUAAUGCACAGCUUGCAGAAAAAAAAAACAAAACAAAAACAUUAAGACAUGAAGACUACUUCAAUAUUUUCAAAGCUUUGACAGUACCUGUCUUCCUUUUGGCAGAAGCAUGAAUGAGGGAGAGAUAGGGUCGCUGAAUUUCAACCAAGAGAAUAGUUCAGUGCAAUGCAGAGUGCAACUGUAAGUGUUCUGUUAGCUUUGACAAUUUCUCAUCAGAAGAUGGUGGCAAACAGUCAUUUGACAUGAACAAAGGUUCAGUUUAUCAGAGAUGCCAAGGUGACCUUGGAAGUAAAUAUCUGUCCUUCUGUCUUCCUGUCUGUCUGUCACUCUAGCUGAAUGGCUAGCUGGCUCUCUUCCUGACUGAAAAAUGCAACACUUUCAUACCGAAAUGCAAAUUCGCUGUUUACAGUAUACCAGCAACCUUACUGGAGUGAGCAUUUAUGCAGCUCACAGGUUAUUGAAACGGAAGCCCUAAGAUAACAUCAUGCUACGUGGAUGAUUUUUCCCUCGAGGCAGACCUCAUUUUAGGAAAGGAACUAGUUUCAGUGAUACGUAAUUGCUAUUCUCUUGCUUAUCUCCCUUAAACAUCAAGAGGCGUUGGACAAAGCGAUGAAGAGUAUAUAGAGUUCGAGGACAUAGACGAAGACAUGAAGGGUGUGUUACGGAGGGUUUUGGAGCAAUCCGGUUUUGCACAGUGGUCACAAGAUAGCUCCAAAUUUUUGCCUUGCCCUGCUGGAACAUUUGUUAAAUCUGCAGAUAAAGGUUCCACGAGUUGUUCAGAAUGUCCUCCAGGUAAGAGUGUGAUCGAUUACGUUCCUUUUUUAAUUGAGAAAAUGAUCCAUUGUGAGAAUUAAAUCAAAACUAUGCAGACUAUUUCUUGAGAGUUUCCUUCGGAAUUUGCUACAGUAAAAAAAAUCAUUAUUCGUUAAUGUUGCCAUUAGUUUUUAUAUGAUAAGCUGAAAUACGCACACACUUUUGAUUGGUUCCUUACUUAUAAUCUACUGAAGGACGGACGUAUAGAUAACAUCACCCUCAACAAUCGUUCACCUUCUUUAGUAUAUAAACAAAUAGAUUCCAUAUUUCCGUUGGUCUGUUCAGGAGUAGAUAAAAUUUGGUAAGGACAUCAGGGCUACACUCGGCUGCGCCUCGUGUGCCACUUUUUUGUUCUAACCACAUUUUGAAUUCAGCUGUGAUCUAUUACUGAACAGAUGCACGACAACAUGGAAUCUAUUUUCUAAAUAUUGUGUAUCUCUAAAAUAAUACGUUACAUUAACUAGCGAAUUUAACGCACCCUUUACCUGUAGAAUACAUGUAGUGAUCUCAAGGUUAGCCUGCUGGACGCCGGGUUAAUAUGCCUGAACCUGACUUUUAAUGUAUUAAAAGAAGCGGAAGCAUUAAAGUUUAACACCUGAAUAGAGAGUUAAGGCUCUAAAUUGCUUUUUUUUUUCUUUUCAUGGCUUCUUGUUUCAGGAGGCUUUUUUUCCGAUACCUUAGCAUACGUCAGCGACCAGUGUAAAAGAUGCCCGAACGGGACAUUUGUUUCACUCGAUAAAAAGCCAGGAAGGCGAGCUUUGGAUUGUGUCGCAUGCCCCCAAGGUAGCAGAAGCUAAAAGAUAUGCAACUGUAGAUAGAUAUGUAACAACGUCUACUAUAAAAUUUCAACCCUAACCCAAACAAGAUCAAACUUUUCAUACGAAGAAAGGUUUUUGCAGCAGAAUUCUUCACCUAGCAUUAACAGUCAGUUAAUUAGAUUCUUUUUUCGAUGCUUCCUUUUUUUCAGUCAGCUAAGACAAAAAUAUGAUCACUGAUACAUGAACGCCACUCCGAGAUUAACUUAUUUAGCCAGCCAACUCAGAUACAGUUAAAAUGGUUCAGGCAUCUAUGCAUCUCUGAUGUCAUCUUAUAACGAUCAAACUCUUCUUUACAGGAACGGAUACAAACUCUUUUGCCGGAUUCCGUGCUUGUAAAUGUCUACAAGGAUUUUAUCGUACCCACCUGUUUAAGGGCUGUAAGGCUUGUCAAAAAGAAGGCUUCCUGUGUUUAGACGACUACGUCACACUCAAACCAGGAUUUUGGUGGAGGUGGUAUAAUGAUGUGUACAAAGGCAUGUACCAGAACUUUACUCUCAACCUGCGGUCUUCGAAGCCUUCCAUCGAAAAUAACGAAGUUGAGUAUAGUUUUGAUCUACCGUUAGCCUACGAAUGCCCAAGAAAGGAAUCUUGCCUCGGUGGUCUGGAUUCGACGUGCAAACAAGGCUACGAGGGCCCGCUUUGCGAGGUUUGCAGCCCUGGGUAUCACAAACGACUUCAGACUUGUAAGAAGUGUCCAUCAAAGUCUUGGAUGGGAGCACAGUUAGCCAUCACCAUCGCGUUGUUGCUGAUUCUAGUUGUAGUCAUCGUAUGGACAAGUGUAAAGAAGAACAGACAGAGCAACAACCAGCGUCCGCUGGUCGACAUCAUUUUGGCUAGGCUAAAGAUAAUCAUAGGAUUUUAUCAAGUUACAUUUGGACUACUGGAUGCUUUUUCAUUCAUUUCAUGGCCAGACUCCUUGUCUGUUAUUGCACGGUAUUCCGAAAUUCUUCAAUUUAAUGUCCUUCAAAUGGCGCCAAUGCACUGCCUUUUGCCGCAACUUAAGAUAGACGCGUUUGGGAGUUUGUUUGCCAUUUUGGCCAUCAACAUUGGGGCCAUUGUAUGA